GACGAAAAGCAAAGAACAAAUAUAAUUCCGAGACGGAGGAGAAUUGGACCGGCCGGUUAAACCGAAUUUCACCUAAUUCUUCCUAAUUCCUUUCCGGAAAAGUUACAGCACCUCGAAACGUGCUUUGAUUUCACAAGCUUACCCAGCGUCCAGCAUUCGAUCCGACAAUUCCCCGUCCUUCCAUUUCGAUACAGUGAUAAAGCCAGAUUUUGCAGAAAAUGGACAAAGCGUACUUCAUUUUUAUAUACAGUUAGAUAGAUUACUAGAUGGCAAACCGGCCUACUCGUUCAAGGAAGCAGGUGGUGGUAGCAUCUCAGCAGCCAGAAUCACAAUCAAGGGCUAAGUGGAAUCCAAACCUCACUAAUGUAUUGGUGGGGCUGAUGGUAGAGCAAGCACGGAUUGGUAACAAACAAAACAAGUUCUUUAACAAGGAAGCGUGGAAGUGCAUUUGUGAGGAGUUCCAUAAAGAAACAGGUCUGCCGUGGGACCAGGAUCAACUGAGAAGCCGGUUUACUGCCCUUAGGAAGCAGUAUGCCAUUGUAAAGUCAAUACUUGAUCAGAGUGAUUUCAAGUGGGAUGAGUCAACAGGUUCCAUCAUUGCCACAAAUGAAGCAUGGGAUGCAUACAUCGAGGAGCAUCCAGAUGCUGAGUCUCUGAGGAGUACGGGCUGCCCACUUUACACACAACUACGCAUAGUCUUUGCCGAAACCAACAAGACAAAAGGCAAACCAAACGGAUCAUCUACUACUGCUUCGAAGGAAGUGCUCAUAGUUUCACAACCUUCGUCUGCGCUUGACAACAUGCUGUCACCAUCUGGAUCCGAGGAAGAGGAUGGUGAUGAUGUAGCAGAUGAGGAAGACAAGCCUCACUCAACCAACACAUCUGCAAAAACAAGCAGCAGGAAAAAAGGGCGCAAGGGGUUUGAUGAUUUCAUUGCGAAAGCUAUAUCGGAAAUGGCUGCCGCCUCAAGACUCAGGGCAGAUGCCAUUAAAAAGUAUAAUGAGAAGUACACCAUAACCGAUUGCAUUAGAGCUUUGGAUGAAUUGGAAGAUGCUGUGGAUGACCAAGUGUAUCUGGCUGCCUUGGAGCUGUUCAGCAAUAGGAUUUCCAGAGAGAUAUUUUUGUGUCUUGGAGUUGAGAAGCGGUUGACCUGGUUGCACUGCAAACUUUUUCAGGCCAUGGAGGUUGUGGGGCCUACUCCUUCUGAUGAUUUGUAAGAUGCUCUUAGUCAAUAUUUAUUGCGAUAAUACAAGAAUAACCAUAGUUAUAUACAGGGGCGCCUAGUUUUCUCUGUCACAUAGGCUAAUAUAGAGGAUUUUUUUUUUUUGAAGUCUUUGCUUGUUACAAAGCUCUAGAUGAGAGAUCUGAACCAAUGACUUGCUUAUGGGCCUCAUUCUUUAUUAUCCUUCUAUUUCUUCAUGCCGUUUCGAAAUAUCCUCAUUCUGGAAUGGUUUCUGACUGGUCGGGUCACCCAUCUCUAACUGGGUGUAAGUGGUGUAACUUAUAAUAUCAUUCUGAUCUGGC